UUAUACACCGAAAAUUAUUUCUAUUAAUAAUUUAUUAACCAAAACAAAUACAAUCGAUAUGCAACGUGAUUCAAUAUCAAUAUUUGAAUUUAGACAAUCACAAACACAAUUAUCAUCACCACCAUCAUCAUCAUCAUCAUCAUCAUCGACAAAUCAACAAUAUUUAUUGAUUGUAAAUAUUUAUCCUGAUUUUAAUGUUUCAUUAGCUGAAUUUGAAACAUUAGAUAAUGCAAUCAAUAUAUUACAUACAUCAUUAGUUAAUUUAGUAAAUAUGUUUGUACCAUUUUUUCGUAAUUUUGGACGUGAAGAAAUUCUUGAUAAAAUUAUCAAUUUAUUACAAUGUUAUCGUGAUAAUUCAGAAUGGAAAGUAGCACAUUUUGCUGCAUUUUUUAAUCAUGUUGAUUAUUUUUUAAAUAUACCAAUUGAAGAAUUAGAAGAUCGUAAUAAUCCUGAUCAAUGGUCACCAUUACAUAUUGCUGUUUCAAUGUCAAAUAUGUAUAUAAUUGGUUUAAUGUUAAAAAGCGGUAUGGAUGUUUAUAUUGUUGAUUCAAAAUAUUGGACUGUAAUGCAUUUUGCAAUGUUAGCAUCACCACAAGUUCUUUCAACAUUGUUAGAAAUGAAUGCAUUUUAUCAACAAUUAAAACAUCAAGAUGUUUAUGGUAUGACACCAUUACAUAUUGCUUGUUUAGCACAAAAUCCACGUCAUAUUCGUCGUUGUAUGCAACAAGGUAUAACAGCUAAACAAUUAACAAUUAAAGCACCAAAACCAUAUUCAUUAAAAUUAAAUAAAAGACAAAUGAAUUUAUUAGAAUGGUAUACUGAUCCAACACCAUAUAUACGUUUUGAUAAUGAUUCAGAACAAAUUGAACAACAAUUUGAUUGGCAAACAAUAAAAUUAUGUGGUACACCAUUACAUUGGUGUCAAUGUUGGCAAACAAUAAAUCGUUUGAUUGAUUUAAAUGUAUUUAAUAUUAAUGAACGUGAUCGUAAUGGUGAUACACCAUUAAUGUCAUUUAUUGAUCGUUUACCAUCAAUAACAACAACAACAACAACAACAAAUUUAACAACAACAACAACAACAAACAUAACAAAUAAAUCAAUAAUACGUAUAUUUAAUAAUAAUAAUGAUAAUGAUAAUAUUCAAAUGGAUAAUCUGGUAACAGCGACAACAGGUACAUCAUCCGCAUCCGCAUCCGCAUCCGCAUCAUCAUCAUCAUCAACAACAACAACACCAUUAUUAUUAUCAUCAACAUCAUGGCCAAUAAUUGUUAAUUAUCAUUUAAGUUGGAUAUUACGUUUAAUUAUGAAUGGUGCCCGUUUGAAUCAACGUAAUCAUCAAGGUAAUACAGCAUUACAUCAUGCAGUAUUGAAUGGAUCAAUAAUAUUAGUACAAUUAUUGAUAAUAUUUGGUUCAAAGAUAAAUAUACGUAAUAAACAGAAUUUUAGCCCAUUACAUUUAGCAUCAUCACGGUUAAAACAAUUACAACAAAUUGAACGUAUUGAUAAUCGUUUACAACGAAACAACAACAACAACAACAAACAAAUGAAAAACAACAACAACAAAAAGAACAACAACAACAACAACAACAACAACCAAAUCGUACAACAGGAAAAACAACAACAACAACAACAACAACAAAAUAUAAUAAUAUUAGAUGGUGGUAUAAAUGAUACAUUUAUGAAUCCAUUAAUACAGAUAUUAUUAUUGAAUGAAUUACAAAAAUAUUUAAAAAAACCAAUACAAAAUUAUUUUCAAAUUAUAAGUGGUACUAGUUUUGGUUUUACAACUGGUUGUUCAUUAGCCAUUGGUAGGAAAUUAUUUGAAAUAUUGAAUUUUUAUCUAACACUUCGUUCGAAUUUUCGUAAACCUUUGAUUCGGAUGCAAGAACAUAAUACUGAUCGUUUAGAGCAAACAUUAUUGACAAUGUUUAAUGAUCCAAAAACAAUGGCCGACAUUCGUAGACAACAAAAAAAACAUUUAAUACUUUCAACAACAGUUGUUGAUAAUAUGCCAGCAAGAUUAAAAAUUAUUGAUGAUCAAAUUGAAAAUUUAACACUUUGGAAAGCAUGUCGUAUAUCUGGUUUAGGUGCUGGCCUAUUUAAAACAAUCGAACAUAAAGAUAUACCAUAUUUUGAUGGAUCAUUGAUUGCACCAAAUCCAACAUUUGAUAUUUUAACUUUUUAUCAAAAUCAAAAAAUAUUAUUGGGUCAUAAAGAAUCGUCAACAUCAUCGAUGUCAUCAGUAUCACGUAUGUUACCAUUUCGUUUAAUAUUAUCAUUAGGUAGUGGUCGUAUUGCAUAUCGUACCGAUGUACAACCAAUCGAUUUAAAUUCAUUUCGGCUAUAUGCACCUAAUUUACGUGUUUAUUUUAAUUAUUUUCGUCAAUUAAGAGAUUGGUUUGCAAGUAUCCUGAUGGAAACUGAUGGUCAUAUUGUACAAAGAUCAAGAUAUUUUGCCUUAUCACAAGGUAUACAUUUUGGUCGUAUAAAUGUUUUUUAUGAUAGAAAAAAAGCUAAAACAUCAUUACAAGAAUUGGAUCAAAUUUUAGGACAAUAUUGGAUACAACAACGUAAUCCAUUACAACAACAACAACAACAACAACAACAACAAUCAUCAUCAUCAUCAAUAUUAACAACAACAACAACAACAACAACAGUACAACAAACAAAUCAAAUUGAAACAUAUCAAACAAUGCGUUCGGAUCAAUUAUUAUUACAAAUAUUAUGGCAAGUUAAAAUACAAUGUUAUGAAAAUCGUAAACAAUUUAGACAAAUGGCUAGAUUAUUAAAACAUUCAAUAACAACAACAACAACAACAACAACAACAACCAAAGCGACAACAACAACAACAACAACAACAACAGAGAAAAAUAUUGAUCAAAUAUCGAAAAUGUCAAAAAGUCCAGGUAAUACAAAUGAUUUGUUAACAUUUGAUCAGGAAACAAAUAAACAAUUAAAAAUAUCAUCAUCAUCAUUAUUAUCAUCAUUAUUGAGAGGUGAAUCAUCAUCAUCAUCAUCAUCAACAUCGGCAUCAGCAUCAGCAUCAGCAUCCGCAUCAACAUCAACAACAUCAACAACAACAAUGAUGGCCGUAGCAGAAGCAGCAGUUGCAGCAACAGCUGCAGCAAUGUUUCCAUCUAAAUCACAAUCAAAUCAACCAAAAAUAAAUAAAUAAAUAAAAGUGAUGGGCGAUUUAUUGGGGAAAAAAAAUACAAUCGAUACUAUCGAUAACA